GUUAGUAUUUGCACACACUGGGACCAUGUCACUUUUUAGUAUAGUCACUGCUCACAAAAUGUACUGAGUAUAUCAGAGGAAUGUGUAUUGUACCGUACCUAAAUUCCGGAUAAGCGAUUUGAGUAAAUUCCACAUAACUUCCUGAAACUGAAUAACGUCGGAAGACGUUACAUAUUAAAUAAAGAGCAAACCGAAGACUAAAAGGGGAUUUAAACCGAUCCACUCCUGCAUUUCUAUGUGAAUCACAGUCAGAAAAACAGUUUGUUCUAAUGACUUUAAUCAAUUAAAAAUACAACAAAACUCCACAGUAAGACCUAUAGAAAUGGAUGUAAAAGCCACAAUGCCUGCGAGAUGUGUAACACCUCGACUUCGCAAAGUCGGAAUGUAGUAUGAUGAGCGCAAGAAUGUUUUUGUCGCGAGAAGCGUAUACGGGAGCUGGAGUUCUCGCCGGAAAUUGUUGAAGAGGAGUAAUAAAUGAAUUAUAAACAGAACCGGAAUUGCUAUGUUUAGAGUUGUAUCUGAGUUUUAGAGUCCCUAAGAGUGAAAUGAAGCUACUGAGAAGUGUCAGUCCUGUGGUUUAAAUUCUUGCGGGAAUAUAGUGGAGAAGUUAUUUUGCUAAAGACCAUUGUGGAAUAAUAAUUGCUGGUCCAUUGCCCAUGGACCUAAAAGACACUGGGAGCGUCUUUCAUACUGUGGUCUCUGUUACCUGGUGCAGGACGACAAAUGAUUGGCCAGAAGUGUUUUUUUUUUUUUCUUUUCUUUUCCCAUCCAGUAGUUGUCUCCUUUUCCUGACGGUCACAAAAUGUUGAGUAGUUUUGUUUUUAUAAACUUCUUUAAGUGAAGAAUGUACUACUUGGAGCUAGAGAAUGGCCAUGCCCAGCUGUGGGAGAUGUUUGGAGCUAUGAGGUAGUUCUUUGAAACAGUCUUCUCUUCCAUUAUCAAAAUGGAGAAGCCUGGAGAAGGGAGAGACUUAUUUGGAAGAACCCUUGGACCUGGACAUGGGUGAUAUGGAGUUAAAAGAUUUUAACUCUGUGAAUUCAGAACAUUUAGAACAUGUAUCCCGUAAUUCUAGCUUUUCAGGUAACAUAAGUGAUUCUUCCACUUUGAUAGAUGAAGAGGACUUUGGUACUUCUGAUGUCCUGUUGGGACCAUCAGUUGAACAGAUGACCAGUGUUCCUAAUUGUGGCAACCACAAAAAUGUUAGUUUGCCUUCAGAUAUGCAAAGUGAAAUUCAGGACCCGUUUCUUUGCUGUGGUUCUCAGGAUUUUUGUCCUUUGCCAGAUGGAGGACGGGUUAAUGGUGUCCAGCCAGAUUGUAGUGGACAGUGUUUUUUGAGCUUUGAAACUGCUGAAAAUGGCAGCCCUUCUAGUGACCAAGAGGAUGACCAUGAAGAUACCAAGGCCUGUGGUGAUGCAAAUGAGGAUUUUGUAACCUAUGGUAGUAGAAAAGGGGGGAAAAGGCAAAGGAACCAGUCUGUUAGUAAGGAAGACCUAAAAGAAAGUUUUAAAAAAGAGCCAAGGUCUCAUAAUGGGAAACACAAACAAAGCAGGAGGCGUAAUUAUCCUGAUGGUAAACACAGACGGAAGCCUGGUUUUCAGAAUCGCUUUGAAGAAUUUAUUCAGUCCUGUCUCCCUUAUUUUAAAAUUUUUGUGGAUGCAAUUAUUUUUUUAAUUCUUAAGUGUGGUGAAUAUGUUGAAAUGGGUGGAAAGCUCUUGUACUCUUUUUGCUGCCAUUUGCAGACUAGUGAUCUGAACCACUUGAAGGCUGUUGUGCAGCUUGUCCACCAGUGGCUGCGUCAUCAUUUGAAAUCUGGGUCUGAAAACCUUGUAUACUUUUGUGGUGCCUCAUCUGAUGUGACUUUUAAGAUUUUUAAGAUGAUAUUUGCUUUACUUUUUCUAGUACUCAUGAUAUUUAUUGGCUGUUUGCGCUUGUGCUGGCAGUAUGCCAAAUCAGGGGUUUCUUUACUUUAUGGAAAAAUAAGUGUAGGUAGUGACGUGCAUGCCACAUGCUUUCUUGCUGUAUCCUUUUUGCACAGAGUAUGGACUUUAUUUAAAGAAACUAGGACCUUUUUGUACAUAACUAGGGUAUUACAAAACUGUCGAGACAAGUUUUGGUCAUUUGAGAGCUGUAGAUCCAAUGGAGAGUGCCCUUCAUCUGCUAGUUCUUCCAAAGCUGGGCGAUACCAAGCUGGUCAGGAAGUAGAACGUCUGUUGUCUAUGGCAGAGAUACCAGAAGAUGAUCUGGAUCCUUUUAAAGUUUUGGGAGUCGAGAUAACUGCUACAGAGACAGAGCUGAAGAAGGCAUAUCGCCAGCUAGCAGUACUGGUUCAUCCAGACAAGAACUGGCACCCACGAGCUGAAGAAGCAUUUAAGGUGUUGCACGCAGCCUGGGAUAUUGUUAACAACCCAGAGAAGAGGAAAGAGUAUGAAAUGAAACGGAUGGCAGAGAGUGAACUCAGUAAAUCUAUGAAUGAAUUCCUGACUAAGCUGCAAGAUGACCUAAAAGAAGCCAUGAACACAAUGAUGUGUAAUAAAUGUCAAGGGAAACACAAGAGGUUUGAGAUGGACCGUAGCCCCUUGUGUGCCAGAUUUUGUGCUGAAUGCAAUAAGAUGCACCCUGUGGAGGAAGGGGACUUUUGGGCAGAAUCCAGUUUGUUAGGACUGAGGAUCACCUAUUUUGCUAUGAUGGAUGGAAAGGUCUAUGAUAUCACAGAGUGGGCUGGAUGCCAGCGAGUUGGAAUUUCUCCAGAUACUCACCGUGUCCCAUACCACAUAUCUUUUGGAAAUCGUAAUUCUGGAAAUAGUGGACGUCAGAGGACCUUUUCUGGUGGAGGGCCUGCUUCCCCUGGGGAGCUCCAGGACCUUUUUAACCGAAUAUUUCAAGGAACUCCUGGACAAGUUCCUAAUGGUGGCCUUUUCAAUCCUUCACCUCCAUGUAGUAGUGCAGCAAACAGUGCAAAUCAGCCUAAACCAGAAAGCAGUCAGAAGGCAGACUCCAAAAUGAAGAAACGUAAGAAAGUACGGCGUCCGUUCCAGCGAUGAUUAAAGGGGAAAAAAAGACUUGAAAUCUUAGCCUGAAACAGCAAAACCCAACAGGAUUCCAUUUAAAAUGGCAAUGUUUGAUUAGUUGACUGACUAUUUUGUGAUUGCAGUUUUAAGUCAUUUUGCAUUCCUCAUGAUUUGGGUGAACUUACUUGCAUUUUCCUGGUCUGGUUACUUCUGCCCCAUGUUUUGUUUUGCUGUGCUUCUUAGCUACAGUGUUUUCCUUCAGGUCUGGAGCUGGUCUCCUUUGAGUUUACUGUUGAUGGCAAGACAUUUCUCAUUGCUAAUGGGCUGUUCUGUAAAGUCCGUUCCAUAUCCUGGCCUGCCCCAUCAAGUGCUUAUGGAGUGUUUUUAAUUGAUAAAGCUAACAGAAUCUGAUAAUCUAUGGCUAUAGUAUGGGCGAUAAUUGGUUCAAAUUUGCUUUUGUGCUUCCAGCUUCUCAGUAAUUGACUAGCCUUGUAGGGCAUGUAAAGAUGAGUUAUCCAGACUAGUGCUUGCCACUGCCAGAUAUGAGGGAACUGGUUUGUGUAGUUUGGCUGUGUAACAUAUUCCCAUCAGAGGGUCACAGAACUGUUAUUUCUGGUCUGUUUUGAUUUGGAGUAGAUUUUAUUACCAGUAUGUUAUCUGACUCGUGUGUCUCAUAAUUUGUUAAAGUAGAUGUUUACUUAACUUGUACCCACCCAUUCUUGCUAUCUCCAAAUGAUUGAAGAUUGCUAUAGCUUGAUUCUCACCCUACCAGCCAUUAUACCGUUGUCUGCCUGCAGACAGGUGUGGGGAGGAGUGCUCAACAUGGUCAUUCUCACAUGAAUGUUCUGUUAACCAAGGAGACUAUCCACCCUGAAAACUCUUCAGGUUUUCAAGUGCCACUGUUUUGGUGUACAUGUGUACUGCUUGGCUGGCAUUCUUCCUAACUUGUUUGUAUGUUGCUUCCUCUUUAAGUGCGAGAUUAUCAGGAGACACCAACAUACUAGUCCAGAGUUUCAAACAGAUGAAUCCAGUUAGUGUUAGUCAUAAGCAUUGUUUGUUUUACCAUGUCCUAUUAUAGGUGGUACUCUAUUUUUGACCUUGGGGGAGUAUUCAUUGAAGAUCCUGUUGAUGGCCAGUGUGCAUCACUGUUGAGAAGGUAUGGCAGCACAGUAUUGAUUCACUUAUAGUGCAAAUAGAUGUCAUACAAUCAGUGCACCACCUGUGGAUGAGAUUUUUUUAAUAUUAUUGCUAAGUACAAUAAACAGGUUCUAACUACUGAAUAGCCUUCUAUAAGUAAAUAAAUUCUGAUUAUUAAUAUUAUAGGAUAUGAUAGAAUUACGUUUUUCAGUUUGAGUAUUUUCUUUUUGUGUUGCAUUUUGAAGCCAAGAUACAUGUUGUAUUGGUAAAAUUAUGAAUCCUUCCACCCCACACCCCCACCCCCAAUUAUAAAACUUAUUUGGGAGCUGAUAAUUCAGCUUGGAAUGAGAUUCCAUUACAGCAGUGUUAUGCUUAAGAAACUGUCCCAUGCAGUGUGUCUCAGUGGUAUUCUGCAGCAGCAAGGUAUUACUGUUCAUGUCAGUCUGCCGAAAUGGGUUGUGAUGUCUGGACCACAAUGGUGAAGAACUGUAUGGGGGAAAGAAGGAUCAAGCCAAGCAUUUGGUCUAUAACUUCCCAGACGUUUUGGAAAAGGUCAUCUUUGUGCAUUAACACAAAUGGUGUAAAAUAUUACGAACACAAAUAGUUAAUGAAUAAGGCUGUAUUCCGAUUCUCCCCCCCCCCUUUUCCUCAGACACUUUCUUGUGACAAGCUUCUAACCUCCACCACACUAUAUAGCACCCCCACCCAUUUUCCCAUUGUGCUGAUGACAUUGAGUGGUGAGAUGAGGCUAUCACUGGCAGACAGUAAAAAGAGGGAUAUUUAUUGUCCCCUUGGAAAAGGCUGUACAUGCGCUACCUUUAGUGACAUAGUGCAGUGCUUCCUCUUGCAUGCAUAUUAAAAUACUUAAGCCCGGUAUGAUCUUGCAGAUCUCUGCAGUUUGCUGAGCCCCUCGCCUUCACAGGGGCCAAAAAUACAGCGAAUGAUCCUACUGCAUCUCCUAAGGAUGUGAGCUGAACAAUUGGCUGCUUUCUCUGAUGUACUCCUUGGCUUGUCAUCUAUCAUCAGGCCUGUUAAUCUAACCCAAGUUGCUGGCAGCAUAGACAUCCUGCCAGUGUGCCAGUAGACUUGUCAUACAGUUAUUUACUGCCAGCUUUACUGUAUUUGUCAGAGACUACUAAGCUGUGAUGUGAAUUUAUCAAGGAAGACUAGAGAAAGAUUGGUUAACAUCAAAUCAUAACUAAAUAUUCCUGCUCUGAGAGUACAGUCUAUGCAAUUUAAUUUUCUAAAAUAAAUUCAUGUGCAUCUCUACACACACGUGCAUACAUGUUAAGGAAAACAUCCUUUUGCCAGGUUGGGGUUGUCUUAGUGUUGUUAUGCAGAUUCUCAGUAAUCUAGAUGUCUGUACACUUUUACUUCACCCAUAUCUCUCAAAUGUGCCUCAUUACGAGGAACGUACCUCAUCUGGGGUCUUAAAGUUCAUGUUCCUUGAAGUUCCACAUUGAAAGGAUCUGUAAUACAUUCAGUGUUAGGAAUUUUUUUUAAAGUGAAAUCCAUGGUAAAUAGAAAUCAUAUUAAUUCAUUAAAAGAUCUUCUGUACAAGUAAAACUAGCAUAUUUUAACCAUCCUUAUGACCUUCCCACCUGAAGUUCUUGGUAAGUCAUUAGUCCGUGUUCCACAUUUUGCCCAUUUGUUUCAAAUUAUGAGGGAUAGUGUUCCCCAUUUUGGAGAUGGAAGGUUGAGAGCUCUGACUUCACCAGAAUCCUCCUGUAGCAUCUGUAGAUGGCCUGUACCAGUAGAUGAUUUGUUGGAUAGCUAUAUUUGAGGAUUCAGAACGCAUCUGCACCAGUUCCUUUGUCCAUUAAUUCACUGCUACCCUCAGCCCCCCCGGUCUCUCACGUUUGGUAUAUCCCAAAAUCUGAGCAAGUCUUUCUGGUCUGGGGACAGGUAGUAGUUUUUGAUAUGGAACUAGAAAGCCAGUUGUUCCCACUUUUACUAUCUUUGUUGUCUGUGGAAGUUAUAUUGGUUGUUGAAAGUAUCCAUGGUUAAGGAGGUAAGUCAUCAGAACUGUUUCACAUCCCAGAUGUCAGCUCAGGAAGAUUUCACUAUAGCAAGCAAUUUCCAGAAGUGUAGUUGUUACUAGCUUUUCUAACAGUUAGUGACGUACCUGUGGCUAAGGUGUCUUAGCUCUACCUGUUACCUAGCCAUUUUGUAUUCUGCUUGAUACUUUACACCUGUUUGGGACUUUGUUAGUCUAGGAUUCUUAACAGCCUGAUGUGAAAAGUGGUUGUCCAGAAACAAGGAACGCUGCACUGGUCUGUACCUCACAAAGCUUGCCUCUAUGCAGUGGGCAGCUUCUGAGUUAGGACUAAUAUUUCUGAUAUUUGUAAUUAAUUGAUAAAUACUUUUUAGCUUACCGCAUUUACUUCUCACAGCAGUUCAAAACUGCCUUAAAUGAAAGUUCUGUACAUAAAUAAGAAAAAAGGGGAAGGCCAUGAUAGACUUAUUUUACACAACUGCUGCCUCCUUUUGCACUUGUUCAUUUUCAGUAAAUCCAGGCUUGAUGUAUUUUAUAAGCAUUCACACUAAAGAUUUUAGAGAGUCUGUAUUAGUUUCUUACCCUUCUUGAUAAAUAAAGGCUGCUCUUUAUAUAAGUUA